AUGACGGGUUUCCCAGGCUUCUUGGAAGAAGCCGUAAAACGCAAUCGUUCGCAGGACGAGGGCGGUAAAACUGCGAAAAAACAUAAGAUGUUGCACACUGCUUUGACGCCCAAACCAGACAAUAGCGCGUUUAACGAGGUGGCACGGGAUCACCCGCAAACGGUGUUGGUGGACGAGUUAACGAACCGCGGUAAACCUGCGUUGGAAAGGUGGUCCGAAAUCGAGGCACGGUUGUCUCGUAUUAUCGUUGAUCUCGUCAUGGCAAGCCCGGAGGGUCAAGUGCCAGGAUAUGAUUCAAUGGAGGUGGUUCGUGGACACAGGGUGAUCAAAUGCGACGAUUAG